UCUGUGUCAGUGUCAGUGCAGGUCACAAAGAGGAACAAGGAAAAUGUCAAAGUUGUGCGUGUAAAUUUUGUUCUUCAGCAGAAUUUCCAUAGAGACUAGUAAUUUACCACGUUGUUCGAUACAAUGGCCGAUCUGGACGAUUUUUUCGCGAAAAAAGACCGCAAAAAAUCGAAAACAAAGAAAUUUGCAACGGCGGAAGAGCUGGCCAAAAGUAUCGAGGACACAUCAAAGAAAACUACCGAGGCUAAACCCCGGAAGGUGACCCCAAACGUGGAAGGAAGCGAACCGAAAGUUCCUGAACCAGUCGAGGAGGAGUGGAAGGAAUUCGAGGAAGAAAGAAAGGAUUACAGCGGUCUCAAGCUAGCUCAGCUGAAUAUUUCGGAAGAGGAUCAAAACCAGGUCAACUAUGGAGGUGACGAAAACGUAUCUACGCCGGGAGAAAAUGAAGGUGAAAAAGGUGGUGCCGAAAGUGCGGACAGAAAAGCUUCUGGAGCAUGGAAGAUGGUGGAUUCUUCGGAUACAAACGAAAAACAGCAGCAGCAGCAACAACAACCGCAGCAGCCCCAGCAAUACGUAGCGCCGGCACUAAAAAGUCUCCGCAUGAAAAGUAAGAAAGGAGCACCGGAUUUGAAAAACGAAGAAUUCUUCCCAACACUCGGCGCGGAAAUACCGGAUCCGUCGCGAAGCAAAAAAGAUUCCACCUUCGAGGAAGUGAAACACGGUGGCCGUGUCCGGCCAUCGGAUAUGCCAUCAGCGGCUCCCCUGUCCGUAGGAAACAGAUUCACUUCGCUAAGUAACGAUGCGAGCUAGAGCGCCGGUUCCGGUCUUGCCGCUUGUUUUACCCGCUAAGGAACCAGAACCUCUAUCAAGCCUGGAUCCGGCUAUUUCCCGACGGUCAGCUAGUAUGUUAGGUUUUGAGUCCAUUUUUUAUCUUUCCAAUGCAAAGUGGCAAAAUAUCCCCCGAAUGUGCUCCAUAGACUGCUGCUUAUUACAGAUUAGAGUAAGUCACUACUGAAUAUAGUAGAAUCGUCGUCCAUGCCGGGUGCUGCAUUUUAUCCAAUCGUGCCAGUGCGCGAAUCAAAAGAACUUUCAAAUUGGUGUGUACACUAAUAAAAAAAAAUCAAAUUUUUCAAGUUUCUCCGACAAACAGAACUAUCCUGCAUGGGCGAAGAAUAAAACAGUGAACAGUGUUUUAUCGAUAUUAUUGAUCCUCUAUUAAAUAUUUGGUUAUUACCAAUGUUUAGCGAACGGACGAACUUCUCGAUUAAAUGGCAUCUUGUUAUUCAAAAUUGUAGCCCAAUGUUUCAGCGACCUGUUACGACAUACUCUCAUACUCUACAGGAAAAGCUAACUUAUUUUUGCAAAUUGCUAUUGCUGCAUUGGUUUUGUAUUCAAUAAACAAUUGUAAACAAUACA